AAGACCGUAGGUAUUUCUGCUGGCUCGCUGAUGGAAACAGUGGAAACGCAGGUCAACUAGUCUUACACCACAGGAGAGCAACCGUUUAGAGACUUCGGGUAAGACACGAGCCCAAUACCACGGCCCUGCCAGCGAUGGCCACAUUGGCGCCACCGGCGGUGGAGGUGGAGCCGGAGGCCGAUGCCAUGGCCCUGGCGUCGGAAGCCGCGGCGCCUGAGCUCCCAUCGUCGCAUUCGCAGCUCGAUUUUUUCAAGACCAGAGUUCAAUUAUUGUGUGAAAGUAACACGAGAGAUUUUGAUGCUUGGGUAUCAUUAAUAAAUGCUGCAGAGGGAACAUCAGCAGAUGACAUAGAAGUUAUGAGCUUGGUAUACCAUAACUUCUUGUUGGAAUUUCCUUUGUGCUACGGUUACUGGAUCAAAUAUGCAGCUCAUAAGGCACGACUAUGCACAACCAGAUAUGUAAUGGAUGUUUAUGAACAAGCUGUCCAUGCUGUACCUCAUUCUGUUGAUAUUUGGGUCAACUACUGUGAGUUUGGUAUAUGUGCAUUUGAAGAACCUGCUCAUGUCAGAAGUUUAUUUGAGAGGGCUUUAUCUCUUGUUGGAAAGGACUAUUUGUGUUAUCACCUGUGGGACAAGUAUAUAGAAUUUGAAAGCUCUCAGAAGCAGCUGAUUCAUCUUGCCACCAUUUUUAUCAACACACUAAAAUUUCCCACAAAGAAGUUGCACAUGUAUUAUGAAAGUUUUAGAAAGUUUGUAACAUUAUUGGAACAAGAGGUGACAAGUUGUGUUGCUGAAAUAUUAUCAGAAAAAGUGCAUGCUUCUGAAAUGGUAGGCACUGAAGGUUCUGAAUUAGAUAUAUCAACUAUUAUUGCUGACUUAUUUGACCAAAAAGGUGGGCAUCUUAGUCCUGAAGCAUUGAAGCAUUACUUAUCUGCUGGGGAGAAGCUCUACAAAAUGUCCAGCAAGAUUUACAAAGAAAUCUGUUAUUUCGAGGCAUCCAUAAAAAGGCCUUUUUUUAAUGUCAAGACACUUGAUGAUGAUCAGCUUGAAAACUGGCACCAGUAUCUUGACUUUGUUGAGAAGAAUGGGGAUUUUGACUGGGUAUUUUUUUUGGCUGUAAAACUUUAUGAGAGGUGUUUGAUCCCUUGCGCUAAUUAUUCGGAAUUUUGGAUCCGCUAUUCAGAGUAUGUUGACGCUAAAGGUGGCCGAGAAAUUGCAAACCAUGCUCUGGGUCGAGCAUCAUCAUGUUUUGCGAAGGAGGUUCCAGCUUUCUGCAUGUAUUAUGCGUUGUUUAAAGAGCAAAUUGGUGAUGCACUGGUUGCACGCUCUGUUUUUACUAAAACAAGAAGUUACUUCACUUCAGGGUUUUAUGCAAAUAUUAAUAGGCUGGCCAACAUGGAAAAACGAAUGGGAAAUACUAAAGCAGCUUCUGAGAUAUACGAGACAGCAAUUGAGGAUGCAAUGCAGAAGAACAACAUAGAGUUGCUUCCUGACCUGUACAGCAAUUUUGCUCAGUUCAUAUAUGUGGCAAGUCAUAGCAUUAUUCAGGCUAAACAAGUCUUUGUCGACGGAAUAAAUCGUGCACCUUGUAAACCAUUGAUUAAGGGAUUCAUACAGUUCAUGAGUACACAUGGAGGGCCUAAAGACAUACCUCUUCUUGAUUCUGUUAUUUCUAAUGCCGUGACUCCAGGAUCUGACGUAUCCACAGCUUUAAGCAGAGAGGACCGCGAAGAUAUCUCACUGUUGUUUUUGGAGUUUGUUGAUCUCUAUGGGGGUAUUAAAGAACUCAGAAAGGCAUGGGCUCGGCAUAGUAUACUGUUUCCUCACAGCACUGGGAACAUUUCACGACAUUAUUCUACUAUGGGGAAUAGCCUUCAAGAGACUAAGAAGAGGAGAAACACAGAACCUUUGAUGAUUGCUCGUGAUCAUUCUUUAGAAGAUACAAUGAAACUGAAACAGACACUCAAAACCGAUGAUUUUUCUCUUAUAGUUGAUAAAGAGAGUGAGCCACAAGUAGACAAGGACAUUGUGGAUUCAGGAAAAAGACAUGGGGAUGCGGGAGCGCAGAAAGCUUUAGAUUUGGUCAAUUCACACAAAGAGACCAUCACGACAGCUCAGGAAUGCACUGACAUGGUUUACAGUGAACAUAUCCUGGACAAAAACAGAAUAGAGAAGCAAAUGAAUUCACAUGCCAAAGAAGAUAUUAAUCAAGACCUAAUCUUGCAUGAACAAAAUGAUGAGAAAACAAAUUCUCAUGAGGCGGAGACUCCUGUAGCUGAGUCAGGUGACUGUGAUUCUCCUUCCAAAGCAAUUGCUAGCUCUGAGAACAUCAAUUUUCAGGGCAAGGUCAUUGAGGUAUCUGCAAGCAGCCAUCUAGAAACAGUAUGCUCAAAAUAUGACUCGCCGUCUGGACCAAACAUGCACAAAGAAGGAAGUUCUUCUGGUCCAGCUCGAAUAUCUCCAGAGCUGGAGGAAAGGCACCAUGUGGAGGUUCAGGUAAAAGUCGACACAGAGCAUCAUUUUUCUGUCAGUAAUGCAAACCUAGAGAUAUCUUUUGAUGGUCCAAAUCCAACUGAAUGUGACAAGGAAAUCUCUGCCAUUGGUCAUGGGAGUCAAGACUAUAUUCAAUCUUCGCAGUCACAUCAACUCUCAGCCUGUGCAAAACCUUGGAGCUUGGACUCAGCGAAAACAAAAUCGGAUACUGUCAGUAUUCAAGCUCAACUUCGAAACCAGUUGGAGAAUGCUCAAACAUAUCAAUCUAAUAACCUUUCACAAAACAUGCAACAACAAGAGCUUACAAUGCCUCACAAUGUUCAAACAUCUGCACAAAUUCAAGAUCAAUUGCUUGCACAGCCUAAUCACAGAAACCAACAGUAUCUCCAAAUGAUGCAAGGGUAUGCAACACAAAUGGGGGAAUAUUACCAACAACAACUGUAUUACCUGCAGGCUCAGCACAAUCAACAGAUGCAGAGUCUGCAACAGCAACAGCUCCCGACUGAGCAUCUUCAGCAAACUUUUAUGCAGCAAGUACAGCAGCUGAACCAGCAAUUGGUACUUUGGCAGCAACAAGUGCAACAGCAGCCACAAGUAGUACUGCAACAGGCACUGCCAGUUCAGCAACUUCCUGACGAAAAACAGGGUCAGUGUCCUUCCGGGGAUAGCAAACACGGCCAAAAUAAACAGCAGCAACAAGCACCUCAAAUGGAUCAACAAAGCCAGCAGUUGCAGCAACAACAGCUUCUUUAUCUUCAGCAGCAACAACAAAUGUAUCUUAUACAGCAGCAGCAGAUGUAUCAACAACAGCAAGCUCAGCAGCAACAGCUCUUACAGCAGCAGUUAAUGCAACAACAACAGUAUGUACUGCAGAUGCCACAGCACCAGCAAGACUCAGUUCGGCAGCAACAACAGCAACUGUUUGAGCAACAGCAGCAGCAGAUGAUGCUUCUUCAGCGACAGCAACAACAUAUUAUGCAACAACAGAUCCAACCGUACGUGCAACAGCAACAAAACCAACAAGGGCCCAAGGAUCAGACUUACAAGUCAAAUCAUCAGGAUGGAAGGAACAGGCAAAUGGAGCAUGGACAACUGUCUGAAGCUUCACAGAGCGAUGGUUCCAAACUGCGCAGCGGUGAGCAAUCUGAGUUAUCCUACCCGUCAACUCCUCAGUCAGAACGCUCAAAUCACUAAGGCCUUGUUCGGUUAUUCCCAAUACACAUGAAUUGGAUGAGAUUGGAAAAAAUUAAGAAGUUUGACUUGUUUGGGAUUCAAACCCAUCCAAUCCUACUCAAUCCACAUAGAUUGAGAGCUAACCGAACAAGCACUAAAUCACUCAGGAUCAUGUAUCAAGGAACAUACUUAAGAAACAUGGAAGCAUGCAUCCAUUUCCUUGCCCUGCUGCCAGUGGAGGCUGAUUCCAUACUGUGUCAGAGUGAUGAUGAUGUGCUGACCUUCCCGAAUGGUGAUGAAGCUCCAUCUCCACGGUGCUCUCUUCUUUCUAAAUUAUAAGGCAUUUCAACUUUUUUUGAGAGUCAAAACAUCUCAAUUAUAAUGCCAGCUAUGGUUUGAUAGCUUGGUAUUAGAUUCUCAGUAAUGCUCGCAUGUAAGGGGCGAUGUGAUGUGUUGGAGACUUCAGUCAAGCAGUUACAUAUCAAGAACAUAUUUGGAUGAAGCGUGUGAUAUCUUGUCAUGACUCAUAUGUAUAUGUAUACGAUAUCCUUUAUGGUAUAGCUCUCGGCAUCUGCACUGGCACGAUAGGGCUGAUUAGACAGCAACUAGCAUAAGCCUGGAAAUUUACAGUUCUGUCGUCAGCCUGGUGGUACACAUUUUUGCCUGGAUCAAA